GGGGCCUGCAGCGCGCGGGAACCGGCGCGCGCGGCGGCGGGAGCUGGCGGCCCCGGGGACUGACCGCGUCCCUGUAGCAGGAGGAUAAACUGAACAGCCACGACUCAGCGAACCAUUUUAGGUGAAACUUGCUGGGUGUUAACGUCAGAGGUCAGCAGUAACAUCCUCUCCCAACGCAGCGUGCGUUGUUAACGGUUAGCAGAGUUCCUGGCUCAGUACAUCGUUCCUGCUAUGAUAUUCACCUCAUUACCGACGAUUUUCAGCUUUCCUCUGUCUUUGGAGAAAGAACGGUCCCCGAGGAACGGUAUUCUGACCCUUGAAGACUCAGGAGGAUGAAAGUCAUCACUUGUGAGAUCGCCUGGCAUAACAAGGAGCCAGUGUACAGCCUGGACUUCCAGCACGGAGCCGCCGGGAGGAUCCACAGGCUGGCCUCCGCGGGGGUGGACACCGCUGUCAGGAUCUGGAAGGUAGAAAAAGGACCAGAUGGAAAGGCCAUUGUUGAAUUUUUGUCCAAUCUUGCUCGCCAUACCAAAGCUGUCAAUGUCGUGCGUUUUUCUCCAAAUGGGGAAAUUUUAGCAUCAGGAGGGGAUGAUGCUGUCAUUCUGCUGUGGAAGGUGAAUGACAACAAGGAACCAGAACAGAUUGCUUUUCAGGACGAGGAUGAGGCUCAGCUGAACAAGGAGAACUGGACUGUCGUAAAAACCCUGAGGGGCCACUUAGAAGAUGUGUAUGAUAUUUGCUGGGCAACCGAUGGGAAUUUAAUGGCUUCUGCCUCUGUGGAUAACACGGCCAUCGUAUGGGAUGUCAGUAAAGGACAAAAGAUCUCAAUUUUUAAUGAACAUAAAAGUUAUGUACAAGGAGUAACCUGGGAUCCUUUGGGUCAGUAUGUUGCUACCCUGAGCUGUGACAGGACCCUGAGGGUGUACAGCGCACAGAAGAAACGUGUGGCCUUUAACGUCUCAAAGAUGCUCUCUGGAGUAGGGGCUGAAGGAGAGGCGAGAAGUUACCGGAUGUUCCAUGACGACAGCAUGAAAUCAUUCUUUCGUAGACUUAGUUUCACUCCUGAUGGAUCUUUGCUCCUCACACCAGCUGGAUGUGUGGAAUCCGGUGAAAACGUAGCAAAUACAACUUAUGUUUUCUCCAGGAAAAAUCUUAAAAGGCCUAUCGCCCAUCUUCCGUGUCCUGGGAAGGCGACGCUUGCUGUUCGCUGCUGCCCCGUCUACUUUGAGCUGAGGCCAGUGGUGGAAGCAGAGCCAGGUGUGGAGCUGGUGAGCCUGCCGUACCGCUUGGUGUUUGCUGUGGCUUCUGAAGACUCUGUGCUUUUGUACGACACCCAGCAGCUGUUCCCGUUUGGUUACGUGUCUAACAUACAUUACCACACCCUGAGCGAUAUUUCCUGGUCCAGCGACGGGGCCUUCCUGGCCAUCUCCUCCACGGACGGUUACUGCUCCUUCGUGACGUUCGAGAAGGAUGAGCUUGGAAUUCGCUUGAAAGAGAAGCCAGUUCUGUGCGUGAGAACUCCCGAUACAGCGAAGAAAACCAAGAGUCAGACACACCCAGGGUCUUCGCCAGGACCCAGGCUGGGAGAGGGAACCCCCAGCAGCAGAGUCCGGGACCCCAGCAGCCCCUCCGCGACGCCCCCUCAGGCGAAACAGUCUCCGGCCCCCACGGCGGCCAAGGACACGCCUGUGGCCACUCCCGGUGCCAGAGGCUUCCUGGCAGGGCCCUCAGAGGAGAAGACCCUGCAGCCCGGCAGUCAGAAUGCGAAAGCCCACCCAUCCCGGAGGGUCACUCUGAACACACUGCAGGCCUGGAGCAAGUCAACACCACGGAGAAUAAACUUAAUACCCUUAAAGACAGAUACUCCACCGAAUUGUAUACCAACCAGCGUAAUUUCCAGCCCUUCCACAGAAGAAAUUCAACCAGAGAUGCCUGGAGACCUUCAGGUCAGUCCCCCGGAGCUUAAGCGGCCCAGACUCAGUGAGCACAGAGAAGGUCCCCAAGGUCUGGACCCCUGAUGAGACCUGUCAUGUGCCUGAAGGCUGCUAGGUCUGGGGACCCCCGUGUGCCCAGAGAGGGGCGAGACCAAACACACCUGAGACCAGUGGAAUCAGACGGAGCCUGACGGACACUAGAAAAUGGAUUUCUGUAACAGAAGAUACACGUGGACCGAUUUUCUCCAGAAAUAUGUUGGCUGUUGUAUUUAGCACACAUUUUUACCUCAGAGAUGUGAACAUUUUAAUAGACUAAAUUCUCUUUUUGAUGAAUUUCUGAGACUGGAACAGUUCAGUGUUACCUAGUGUGAAAAUCAGUAAAUCCCCCCCUUGGAAUACUUGUCUGAAAGUACGGACACUUUAUGGGUGGACUCCUUCCACAGCUAGAAUUAAUUAGAGGAGAAGGUGAUUUGAGAAGGUUUAUUCUGUUGAAUUUUAGAGUGUUUGAUUAUUAGAUCACCUUAGCUUUUAAAUAGUUGAUUAACUUUUGGAAGUUUGUUAUGUUUGCUUUCUGAUUUUAAAGGUGGUAAUGCACAUUCUAGAAAGUUAGUAAAGAGUGAAGUAGAAAAAACGGGUUGGAGGUGGAAAUCACCCAUCUCACCACCAGAGGGAACCCUUGUUACUGUUUUGGCAUAUUUCCUUAAAAUUUCUAUGUUUUUAUUAAUGUUAUUUUAUUUUGGGGAGGGGGGAGAGUUGAGAUUUUACUUUAGAUACAGUUUGGUAUCCAAAUAGGUUAACUUCUUAGACUGAUUUUUCAAAGCAAAAAAAGUACCUUGCCUUAGCAGUCUGUGCCUCUGCUCUCGGUCCCUGGGAUGCUGGCCUGGUCCUUUCCCUCUUGGGAGCAGAGCGGACUCAUGGGCUGAGACGUGUGACGUGCUGUCGCUGCAGGAGGCCUCCCGCGUUUGGAGUCUCCUCUUAGCGCAGGAGACUCUGGUGAUGUGACCAACAGGUGGUGAUGGGUGGAGCCCAGAAGCUGGUGCGGCUGCUUCACGUCGAGGAGUUUACAGAUGGUUUCGUGGCCCUCGAUGCUGUCCCUCUGGCACGGCGAACUCGGUGAGUCCCGCACGUGAGGCUACACCCAGGACCCCUUCCCUGUCUGAACCAAAUCAGAGGGCAAGUUCAGGACCCGCAGGUCCAGGCUCUGGCAGGGAGCCGCUGAGGAUGGAAGAACACACCCUUGUCAGCUCAGGUCAGCAGCAAAGAAGAGAGCUGGAAAGAAGCAUCACCUUGUUGCUAAUCCACAACCCAGUUAACCAGAAAAAGACUCUGCCUCUCUCUACGUGGGAAAGUGGCAAGCGGGAUGAUUUACCACGUGGAGAGCUGGCAGGUGAAUCCAUGCAGAGUUGUAAUAAUGCAGGUGUGGGUCACGUUCGACAUGAAGACAUUUAAAAAUGUCAAAUAGCAGCUGUUUUGACCAGUGGUUCUCAACCUUGACGUCACCCACAGACCUGCUAGACAUCAACACCCAGGUCCUGCCCUCCUUGGUCUGGGGCACGGUCUGAGCGUCAGGAUUCUUUAAGGCUCCUCUGGUGAUUUGAUGCGCAGCCAAGAUCGGGAAAUCGUGAGAGGAAAGCUUUCCCCGGAGAUGGUCUCUGCUGGUUAAGUGCAUUUGCACCAAAAGCUCUUUCUGGCUUCCUCUCUGGUUCAUCACUGAUUGACAGCAAAGCUUCUCUACCCGGGCUGCCAAACUGAAAGGAUAAUGUGUGAGAUGCUGUCAGCCCUUCAGAGGAAAAAGGUCUUUUUCCAUCGCCUGCGGCUGGAGCGCGGUGUGCUUUGCAGGGGUUGAUCCCCGUGCCAACAGGAGUCGUCAUGGGUCCCUUGUCUCUGUGAACCGGCCGGCUCCCCGGCCACCCCCAGUGGAGGGGCGACGGGAAUGGGUGGGAGGGGGCCGGCGCCCCUUCAGCGGAAGUGCACGUCGAUAGGCACCACUGCCUGUUUGUCAGCUGUCUCCAUGACGGUAAAUUACAGACACGGCAAUAAAAGCCCAGGCGGUGUCACCUCAGGGUCCUCGUCCAAAGCCACCUGCUUCCAUCUGGGUAGUGACUGGGGAAGGGAGGCCUUCUGCGGCAGGAGCCUCGCCCGCUGGGGGGGCUGUAUGCCCGCUGAGGGCCAUCCUGCAUCUGCAGUUGGGUGGGGCUCGUGCCUGAAUCCCGCUGCCAGGUGAGGAGACGCGGGAGGGCUCGGGGAGAACUUGGUGGAGUCCGGCAGCGAGCGAGGGCCGCCGGCAGCAGAGGUGAAGGCUUGUCACAGGCCAGGCUGCAGCCGUCGGCAGGGGCGCCUCCCCAAGCAGCGUGCCCGCCAGGGCGAGGGCCCCCCUGUGGAGAGAGGCAGGAGGGCGAGUGGGAGGGUGGGUCGCAGCCAGUGCUCGGGCCCGUUUUUGUCCCCUGUAGCCCCGUCUGUUGUCCCUGCCGAGAGCACUCACUUCUGCAUUUUAACAGUGCUGUUGACCCUUCUUACCAAAAUAUUGCCGGUGUCCUUUUAAGUAGGUCGUGAGUCCUUGAGGAGACGGGGUGGAAUCUCCCAGUACGCCUGCAUCUUCCCUUUGGGGUUAUUUUGCUGUAUUUCAGUCUCAGCUCCCUCUCACCUGGUGUGUGUGUGUGUGUGUGUGUGUGUGUGUGUGUCUCUCUCUCUCUCUCUCUCUCGCUCUCUCUCUCAGAGACAAAUUGCUUCAUCUGAGGAAGUUUCUUCACAGCUCUGAAAACUGCCUCCUUUGGCAGGGGAGAGGGGUCAGAGAAAAGGCAGGAGGGUGGAAAUGAGAAACAGAAUUAAAGGGCUGGAGGGUAAACCAGAUCCUUGCUUACGGAGGUAAGAGGCACCUGUGCUCACACGAACUCUUGUGGCCCCUGGAGGGCACUGUCCCCACUGGAUCUGCCUGGCGGUAGGGCUGCCUUGGCUCGGAGACUGCUGCCCACUCAGCCCCACCUCCCCUGAGGGUUCCACGUCUAUGUCAGGCUUGGCCAAAGUGGCCUUGGACACUGGCUUCAGCCCCUGGCGGCCAGACACGAAGGGAAGCAUCAUUCAACAGAUCGUAGUGGGAGAGGAUUGCGGAAGUAAUCCACGCGUCCACGUGUUCAAUUGUUUGUUCAUCUGUUCAUUCAAGGAAUGCUUAUCUGACACCUUCUAGGUACCAGCGGAUACAUCAGGGCACAAAACAGACAAAGCUCUCUGCCCUCCUGCAGCUCACAUUCUGACUGGGGGAGACGAACACUAAAGCUAGUAAAUAUAUAUUAGAAGAUGACUAUGGGAAAAAGAAAGGUGAGGGGUGUUAGGAGAGCUGGGUGGAGAGUGGCUGAGAACUUAAAGUGGGAGGACCUCUCGGGAAGGCGGAAACAGAACAAAGGGGAGGACGAGGAAGGAAGGAAGCAGGUCAGGUGUUCUAGGACUUCCCAGAGGCAAGGAAUCCUCUACUCGUCUCUGAUGCAUUCUGUGGGUCGGGUUGGGUGUCUGGGGGUUCCCUGGGUGAUGCGGGCGAGGGCAGCCUGCAGUGCCCUGCUGGUAUGGAGCCCCACCAGCUACUCGGCCUCCCCGUCUCCUCACGCUCGCCGCUGGGAGUCGGCCCGACACCUGCCUGUGCGCGUCUCCGGGGGCGCUGGUCGGGGGGUCCAGACCAGGCUGAGGCCGACCGUUGCUCUGAUUAUCAUCGGGGUCGGGAAGGCGCCCUGUCAUGUUCCAGCGGGAGUGAAAUCCUUCUGAGUUGUGAAUCGCUGGUGCAGCUCGCAUGCCAGAUCAAAGGCCGAGCCGUACAUCACCCAGCUGUUUCCUUCCACUUCCUGCUUUUAAGCAAGACCUACGGUGGCUUUAACAGCUACAUCGCCAGAGGCGGUGGCUGCUUUCUUCAGUUUGCGCCCGAGUCCUGCCCGCGUCAGCACAAACAGUGUCAGGAUGCAGAGGAAAGGACUCGCUGGCCUGGAUCCCUUACAGAAGUCCUACAUUUUCCCUCUGGUUUCGGCUCUGAGAGACGCUGUAGCAACAAGUAUGGCCUCUGUUAAGAAGCUGUUUGCAUGACUUCCCUGGCGGUCCAGUGGUUAAGAGUCCGCGCUUCCAUUGCAGGGGCCACGGGUUCGAUCCCAGGUUGGGGAACUAAGAUCCCGCACGUGCUGCAUGGCGCAGAAAAAAAAAAAAAAAGCUGUUUUAAGAACAAAUGCUUAGUGGUGACUGUCCAGCGUCCACACUCCGGCCUCUUUUCUUAACACCCCAAAUGACUUGUGUCGCCUUCUGUCAUAGAAGGUUACCUGGAAAGGCAUUUUCCAGUGUAAUAACAAGUCUUUGUAAUAACUCCAGGGCUCUCUGCCUUUGGUCGGCACCCUUGGCAGGUCUGAGAAGUGCCUGCUUGGGAGGAGUGCAGUGCUGGGUGUCAGCCCUCCAGGCCCUCUUUCCCUCUGCUCUCCCAGUCUCCUCCUGCCCACCAAGUACGCGGAGCUGGCAGCACCCGUGCUUCCCAGCCUGGCCCUGCUCCACAUCUCCAGCGGGGCUUUACAGACAAAACAAAAUAAAACCAACUCAAGUCCAGGCUCGUGACCCCGGAAUCAGCUUCUAAAGGUGAGGGAGACACCCAGCCGGGCACGUGCAUUGUAAAAACCCGAGAGAUUCAGCGGGCAGUCAGCAUUGAGAACUGGUAGGAGUUGUGAAAUCUGAAGAUACACCAGUGACGGGCAGUUAAAAUUCUUUGAGCUCAUUGAUUUCAUAAAGAACCUCCAUAUUCAGCUACUCAAGAAGAGGGUGAAUCUUGAAGAAAACUUUGCCCCCCAGGUCCAGUGUCACUCUGCUUCUAGCCCAGCAGUUACAGGAAUGAGGAGAUGCUGUGUUACUGGAGCCUCCCCCAAAGCCAGCGCCGCACAGUGGUCUCCCACCUCCUGAAUGUGGUUACGGAAGUGAUGAAUUUCGAUUCCUGAUGGAACGAGUACUCCAACAAGCCACUAGAGGGCGAUACUGCUAGGCCUUCGCUCCACUGUCAAAUUUAUUAACUAAUUUCAUGCAUUUUUAAAAAAGGAUUUUUAAUCCCGUUGUUAUGGAAGUAGUGUGUUAUCUAUUACGAUACAUUUUUCAUGUUUAUUACUUUCUAGGUAGUUAAACGCUAUUUUGUUGUUCCAAAGAGUUCUAUAAAUCCAAGUCAUAUGCUGGCAGAGCACUCCAGGAGCGUUUCACAUACAUAUAAGCUAAAUUUAGAAGGUAUUUAUAUUCAGUGUAGUCAAAGGUAUAAUGCGUUGGAAGACAGUAACCUCAAAAAGGGUUUUAAAUUUUUGAACCAAAAAAAUACAGUCUUAAUGACAUUUCUCUACGUUAGCAACAAAUGUAAUAUCCGCCAUGCCUCACAACUAUACAAAGAUAUAUGCACAAAGAUUUGUUGCAAUAUUUUGAAAUGGAAAACAGGGCUGAAAGUCAUCCAAGUGUCUACCAAAAGGAGAUUAAUUAAAUUACAGUAUAGCUAUACGGUGGCAUGUAAUGCAGCUGUUAGCUGGACCACGUGGACUGCUGUGGAAAGAUGUUAAGUGCAAAAACGAAGGUGAAGUCUGAUUUGUCACAUUCCCUGAGAGCUGAGAGGGGCCUGGCCCGCGAGACUCAGGGAAAGCAGGCACCGUGCUGGGAUCGGAGGAGUGUUUGUCUCUGGACCUUAUCCUCGGGAGCAGAGCAGGAGGGGGACUUCUGCUUAGGACAGUCAAGGCCCUUCCAGCUUUAGAUUUCAAGCCAGCACACAACAAUUUUGGCCCUCAUUCCACACGCUCGUGCGUGAAAGACUGGCAAGGGAGUUGUCCUUGAUGGUGGCGGGGGAACUUAGGCCAGGAGGCCAAGUGAUUGUGGGGUUCUCCCCACAAAUGUGGCUGCCGGAGUGUGUGGGAUGGUGUGAAGGGGGUGUGGGAUACAUGACCAGGACAGUGGGAAGGGUAUGGACUUUGGAGCUAGAAAGUGUGGGGUUUUAAUUCUGUCUCAACUGCUAAGCUGCUGUGUGACCUGGCACGUUUUAUGUCACCUCCCUAGGCCUCAAUCUUCCCAUCUGUGAAAUAGGAAUCCAGCAUUUCAGUGCCUCAUAUGGUCGUUGAAAGGAUUGAGUGAGACAUGUAUCUUCCUCUUAAGCUGAGAGUUCCAUUUGAGAGUUCCAUUU